CUUCUUCCUUCCUCCGGCCCACACACGCGAUUUGCUUAAGGAGAUGUGGUGGGGGGAGUGAUGAAAUGAGCAAGAAGUGGUAGAUUCAUUGAGACCCGUUCCCUUCUCAAGAGAGCGGUUGCAAAAAGAGGAGCUCGGGAGGGGAAGAAGCAGAGCGAGGAGAAGCGAUCGCAGGCGGCGGCAGCAGCCCAGCCCCUGAAGAGCACAGGAGCUUGUAAAGGCGGGGUGGGAAGUCAGGGUUGCUGCCGGUAGUGGCUCAGCGAAGCUGCCUUUUUGUAACGGUGAAGAAUUGAUUCUGGGCACUAGGGGGGUGCUGGAUGAUAGGCAGGGUGUUCCCGCUGCUCAUCGGCGACGUGCAAAGCGCUCUUUCUGAUUGCAUUUGACUUGCAAUGCCGGCUUCUCUUUGGAAUGCAAAACCGUGCACAGGAUGAAAUCAGGUCACUCUUCUAGAAUGCCAGAGGAAAGUUCCCCACGGAGGACUCCCCAGAAUGUCCCGUAUCAGGAUCUUCCUCAUUUGGUCAAUGCUGACGGGCAGCAUCUCUUCUGCAGAUACUGGAAGCCAGCUGCCACUCCAAGGGGACUUGUGUUUGUUUCACAUGGUGCUGGAGAACAUUGCUGUCGCUAUGAUGACUUGGCCCAGAUGUUGACAGGAAUCAACUUUUUUGUAUUUUCUCAUGACCAUGUUGGCCAUGGGCAGAGUGAAGGAGACCGUAUGGUCGUGUCAGACUUCCAUGUGUUUGUCAGAGACAGCUUGCAGCACAUUGACCUCAUGAAGAAAGAUCACCCAGGCCUCCCUGUGUUCCUUCUAGGGCACUCCAUGGGAGGAGCCGUCGCCAUUCUUACUGCGUGCGAAAGACCAAAUGAUUUUUCAGGCAUGAUAUUAAUUUCUCCUUUAGUCGUCGCAAGCCCAGAUGUAGCGACACCAAUCAAGGUUUUUGCAGCUAAAGUACUUAACUUCGUGCUACCAAACCUGUCCCUGGGCUCUAUCGACCCAAGCGUUGUUUCCCGGAAUAAGAAAGAGGUUGAAUCUUACUGUUCAGACCCCCUGAUUUACCAUGGUGGCAUGAAAGUCUCCUUCGUCAUCCAGCUCCUGAACGCCAUUGCCAAAAUAGAGCGUUCUCUCCCCAAACUGACACUCCCCAUCCUGGUGCUUCAUGGCUCACCUGACAAACUCUGCGAUAUCAAAGGCUCUUAUUUGUUAAUGGAUACUGCAGCAAGUCAAGAUAAAACACUGAAGGUGUAUGACGAAGCUUAUCACGUCCUCCACAAAGAGCUUCCUGAGGUGACUACUUCUGUUUUUAAGGAAAUACAGACAUGGAUUGGUCAGAAACUCUCAGCAGCUGAAGAAGCCCACCAUCCUUAAGGAAAGCAACUCUGAGACUUUCUUAAACAAUGGUUGGGAUUUUCUGGGAAGGGAAGUGUUGUUGUUUUUUAUUCUUUCUUUGCAACUUCGUUUCAGGAGAGGGGGAAAUCUCUUAAAGGGACUCCUGAAAUAUAUUGUUUUUAAACAGAAAUUCCUGUGGCAUGAGGAGGGGUUUGCCAUGUAGCCGUUUAAAGGCUAUUCUACCAGAGGAAAGAGCUAGGAAAAGUAUCAGUUCAGGCUUCCCACCUAGGAGUGCUGCGUUGAGGGACUUUUUUGAAUCCCUCUCAAAAUCAAGAACAAAUUCCACCCCUGUUCUUUGUUUUCCAAGGAGUUUCUGAGGUGCUGAAGUAAUUUUUUUUAAUACUGCAAUAAUCUUCAGAAUGUUUUAAAGUUUGGCAUCUUCUGUGUCAUUCGGUUUCUAUUUUUGCCAGAUUACAAUUCCUCUCUCCUGUACUUUCAAGACUGCAAAUAUACCCAGGAAAGUCUUAGCCACAUCGAAAUGGAGUUAGGAAGCAAGUUGGUGGUGGAGCCUUUCCAUGUGUGAAUUCAAAACUGAUCCUAUUUAAGAUAGGCUCUGGUCAGGCCGAAGAGUCGCUCAGCAUGUAACCCUUCAGAGGCCAAAGACAAGGAGGAACCCUUUAGGCCACUGUACCAGCACACAAACAGCUUUGCACUCUGAAACGGCAUGGCGUAGAGCCGUUUAACGAUCAGCCCGAGAACUGACACCACCAAGGAGCAGGACUAAUGCAGAAUAGUGUUCUCUAGAAGUCUAAGCAUACUGAAGAGAUGCUGCUGCUUCCAGAAACCAAAUCUUGCUUCUGUAUGAGAACUGUAAAUACUCGUUGGGGCUGCUUUUCAUGUUACUUGUGAUACUGAUAAUUUAAGAUGUAAAGUCAAAGUUAUAUUUAAAGAGAAAUAUUAAAUAUAAUAUAUAAUGUUUCUGUAGGUUGCUCAGAGAUAUCUGGAAGAGGAGGAGUAAGGGAGCAAAGUAUAGAAUAGAUGCAAGGGUUGCAAUUCCUUUGCCUGAUGUCCCUUUAGGGUACUUCCAGACAGCACAAGAGCAACUCUGCCAUGUUGUAAACUGAAUGCAAUUGUCACUUAAAAACCAGGGAACAGCCAAGCAUUUAUUUUCCAUAGUUCAUACACUCCUACUCCUAGUUUUAGCUAGAAGGGGCAGGAUAGAAGUAGCUCAUCUGUUGUGGGGCUAGCAUUUCCCCCCCCCCCCCCGUUCCCUUUUUCUUAUCUACAUUUGGGGGGAAAUUAGGGAGUAAGAAAAAGAAGCCAAAGUAAUGGAAGAGAGAGGGGUAUUCGGCAAUCAUAGACAAGGGUCCUGGGUUAGUAAAACUGUACUGGAUUAUUCUCGGAGUCUGUUCUAUAUGGAACCUUGGGAGCUGGAUCACUAGAGCAGAUGGGGGAAAUGCAGGUUAGUGGUUUAUAAUACAUACCUGUAGGGUGGAGGGGGAUGUGUGGUGCUGAAAAUUGUAGCAAGGAGAGCCAAUUUGUUGAGUGGUGCAUGUGUUGGUGAGAGAGACUGUGAUCUGUGGAGAGGGAUUUGGAUUUGGUCUUGUUUGUGGUAAACUGGGGUGGGGUGUUGGAAGCAAGGGAGUUGCGUGGGAUCUCUUAAUCUAAACAAAGGUUGGGGUAUCAGCCUUAACUUGCACUAGCUGCUUGACCAGCCCAGGAAAAGGAGCUGCCCCUAGCUGGUCAAAUACUUGCUAUCCAGCUAUCAAAUAGUGCUUCCAGAGAGCCAAAUCUGCCGUGUUUGUUCAAAUAAUGUCUAAAAUCACACACACACUCACUCUCUCUCUCUCACACACAC